AAUUAAAGAUAACUUAUCUGUUAAUGAACGAAAUAUUAUUAAUGUAAACUUGGCCUCAUUUGGAGUGAAACGUGUGAACCCACAACACCCACGCAAAUCAAGAUGUUCCCAAUUUCUGGAAAAGUGGCCCUCAUAACUGGCGGUUCCGAAGGAAUUGGGGCAGCAAUCGCAAAGGAGCUUUUGCGUGCCGAGUUAAAGGGAGUUGCCAUUCUAGGGAGGAGCGCAGGUAAGGGAACACGAAGGGUUGAGGAACUAACCAACGAGUUUGGCAAGGGCAGAGUCAUAUUUAUCAGAGCGGAUGUGUUGAUUAAGGAAGAGAUUGAAGAGGCAUUUAAAAAAACUGUAGAGAUAUUCCAUAACAUAGAUAUCGUUGUAAAUAAUGCUUUGUCACGCACAAAGGACUGGGAUAGAUACAUUGCAGCGAAUUUGACUGGAACAAUCACAGGCACCAUGCUGGCAUACGAAACCUACCUACCAAAGUACGCAAGCGAUAACAAGGGGGUAAUAAUAAACAUCUCCUCUCCAUCCGGACUAUACGGUUCACCGUUCUCUCCACUUUACGCAGCCGCCAAGUCUGGUAGUAUUGCUUUAACAAUCAGUUUGGGAUCCGAUUAUCAUUACAAUCGAACUGGAAUCAAAGUUAUUGCGGUUUGCCCAGGAUAUACUGAUACGGCUGCUAUAGAUUUAGGUCAGGAUAAUUUUCAAGGACCUGCCUAUUAUGAAGCUUUCGUCGAAGCUAUAAAAGCUCUACCACCUCCCCAACCCGCAUCAGUCGUAGGAAAAGCUGUUGUCACUGUCAUAAAAGAAGCGCGCAGUGGAUCCGUUUGGAUGAUACACGACAGCCAACCCCCUUAUGAGGUUAAGACGCAAGUCGUUAAAGUAUAGUGCAGAGCAAUCCUUCUAACAAACAAAUUGCCAUCAUGCAUGACACAAUAUGUACCUGUCUGUGUAAAUGUUGAUAGUAAAGUCAAUAAAUUUCAAUAUUGCUUAA